AUGAUGCAAACUAGGUUUCUUCAGCCAUCAUCAUGGCCAUUCCAUAACAUCAUCAACACAACCCUUGAUCAAACUGGAUUUUAUGGUCUUAACAUGGAUACCCUAGUAGUUGAUGACCAUGAAUUCUCUUCCUUAUUCACAAACACUGAGGACUCCUCUGAGAUCUCCUCCGACCCAAAUUUUCAAACCACCUUCUCCUCCGAUGAGUAUGUUCAAUUGCCAAUUUUGGAUGAUGAUGAGAUGCAGGUGAUCACGUAUCCCGGGGAGAAUUUUUGCCAUGAUAUGGCUGAUUUUGAGCCUAUUUCAAGUGGUGCAAUUGAGGAUGUGGGCAUAUGGUUGGAUGAAAGAGAUGGUGAUGAGGGAUAUAUUCCACCAGAGCUGUCUAAUGAAUUAGAUGUAUGGUCCCCUUGUCUCUCUGUGAAAUCUAGUGAGGCUUCCGUGGUGCUGCCAUCACUAAUAUUACCAAGGGAUGACAUGGAAAUUGAUAUCCAGUUGGGCCUUCAUCACCUACUAAAGGCUUAUGGAGAAGCCAUGGAGAUGGGGCAGAGAGAACUUGUUAAGGUGCUCGUGAGAAGCAUAAACGAGAAAGCUAAUCCGAUUGGGGAAGCGCUUCAACGCGUCACAUUCAACUUCUUCCAAUCCACAGAAAAUCAAGGUGACUACCUGAAACAGGAGUCAAUUAAGAACUUUGAAGCAGCUUUCAAGGCCUUUUACCAGAUGUUCCCAUAUGGGAGGUUUGCUCACUUUACAGCCAACUCUGCUAUCCUUGAAGCUAUUCCAGAUGAUGCAGAGGUGAUACACAUAGUAGACUUUGACAUUGGAGAGGGGGUUCAAUAUCCUCCCAUGAUUGAGGCCAUAGUGCAGAAGCAAAAGACUUUAAGAUUAACAUCAAUAAAAUCAGAAAACGUUUCCAAUUUUGCGCGGUGGAAGUUUGAAGAUACAAAGAAGCGACUCUUUGAUCAUGCCAGACCAUUUGGUCUGAAAUUGCAAGUGGAAGAGACGAGUAUGAAGGAUUUAGUGAGUGAGAUAAAGGGAUCGAAGGGUGGAGAGAGAGAAUGGUUGGCCUUCAAUUGCAUGGUUGGGCUCCCACACAUGGGGAGGAGGCGUAGUAUGAGUCAUGUCAUGGAGUUUCUGAAGAUAUCCAAGGAACUCUUAGCCUAUUCUGCAGCCAGUAAAGGAGUUGCUUCCGUGGUGCUGCCAUCACUAAUAUUACCAAGGGAUGACAUGGAAAUUGAUAUCCAGUUGGGCCUUCAUCACCUACUAAAGGCUUAUGGAGAAGCCAUGGAGAUGGGGCAGAGAGAACUUGUUAAGGUGCUCGUGAGAAGCAUAAACGAGAAAGCUAAUCCGAUUGGGGAAGCGCUUCAACGCGUCACAUUCAACUUCUUCCAAUCCACAGAAAAUCAAGGUGACUACCUGAAACAGGAGUCAAUUAAGAACUUUGAAGCAGCUUUCAAGGCCUUUUACCAGAUGUUCCCAUAUGGGAGGUUUGCUCACUUUACAGCCAACUCUGCUAUCCUUGAAGCUAUUCCAGAUGAUGCAGAGGUGAUACACAUAGUAGACUUUGACAUUGGAGAGGGGGUUCAAUAUCCUCCCAUGAUUGAGGCCAUAGUGCAGAAGCAAAAGACUUUAAGAUUAACAUCAAUAAAAUCAGAAAACGUUUCCAAUUUUGCGCGGUGGAAGUUUGAAGAUACAAAGAAGCGACUCUUUGAUCAUGCCAGACCAUUUGGUCUGAAAUUGCAAGUGGAAGAGACGAGUAUGAAGGAUUUAGUGAGUGAGAUAAAGGGAUCGAAGGGUGGAGAGAGAGAAUGGUUGGCCUUCAAUUGCAUGGUUGGGCUCCCACACAUGGGGAGGAGGCGUAGUAUGAGUCAUGUCAUGGAGUUUCUGAAGAUAUCCAAGGAACUCUUAGCCUAUUCUGCAGCCAGUAAAGGAGUUGUAACUUUUGGUGAUGGAGAAGCUGAGGAAAGACAAAGAAAUUGCUCUGAAUAUGGUUCGUUCUUCGACGGGCAUCUGAGGCACUACCAAGCUUUAAGUGAAUCAAUGGAGUGGAAUUUCCCAGAUUAUCUUACAGAAGCAAGGAUAGCCAUGGAGAGUCUCUUUGUGGCACCUUAUGUCUGCUCUUCUUCUUGGUUCCACAAGUGGGAGGAGACUAGAGAAGGUUUUGAUCUUCAGGAUGGGGCUGGAUUGCAGGGUUGGAGGCUGAACAAAGAAAUGUUAACUGAAGCCAGAGAAAUUGUGAAGAAAGGAGAGAGUUCAUAUGAAAUCAGGAUUGAAGAACAAAUUGAGAAUGAGAUGGUCUUGACAUGGAAAGGAACUCCCUUGGUGAGAGUUUCAACAUGGAUGUAG